AUCAAAAAAAAGAGAGUGCUUGAAUUAAUCGAGUUAAUAUAAUUACUUGUUCAUAAUGAUGAAGAGUCCAAAAAAUGAGAAUAGACAAUCCUUUAAUCCAUAUGAUAAUGUCAAACGUCAAUCAUUAAUGGAUAAGCAAAGAAAAGAAUAUUAUCAACGGUAUAAUUCUCCUAAGAUUAUAAUUAAUGAUGAUCCAGUUAUACCAGACUAUCCAAUUCAAGCAACUUUUAAAAAAAAUUCUAAUUAUAAUAUGAAAAUAGUUGUUGUUGGUGAUGGUGGAUGUGGAAAAACUUGUCUUUUAGUAAGUUAUGCUCAACAGAAAUUUCCAGAAAUUUAUAUACCAACAGUUUUUGAAAAUUAUGUAACUAAUGUUCAUUGUCCAAAUGGUAAAAUCAUUGAAUUAGCUUUAUGGGAUACUGCUGGUCAAGAAGAAUAUGACCGUUUAAGACCACUAAGUUAUCCAAAUGUUGAUGUUUUACUUAUUUGUUUUGCUUUAGAUAAUUUAAUUUCUUUACAAAAUGUUAAAGAUAAUUGGUUCCCAGAAGUUAGUCAUUUUUGUCCUGGUAUCCCAAUUAUUUUAGUUGGAACUAAAUCGGAUUUAUUCAGUGAUAUCGAUCCAGAUUUACCAAUGCAAUUAGCUACUGAUAUUAAUGCUAUUGGUUACAUCCAAUGUAGUGCUAAAAAUAUGUUUAAUAUAAAGACAGUUUUCAAUUUUGCUUUAAAUCAUUUCCAGAAACAAAAAGAAUAUCAAGAACAAGUUGAAAAACUGCUGAAGAAUAGAUUAUCAAAAGUUAUUCAUUCUAGAAAUCCAAGUAAUACCUCUCAAAAUAGGAAAGGUCAUUUCAAAAAUACUUCUUAUGAUUCAACCAUUUUAUUAGAUGCUCCUUUAAAUGAAGAUGAUUAUCAAUCAAAUCCUUAUGGGAAUUUUGAAAAUGCCAAUAAGUAUAACGAUGAUGAAUUUGCAUUUACAAGAAACGAUAAAAAGAAGAAGAGAAGGUGCAUUAUCUUAUAA